AUGUAGUAAUAAUCAGAACUUGAAAAUUUUUAGGUCGAUUGGUCUCACGUAAGUAAACCGAAAUUGAGUGAAAAGAGACCAAAAAAACAAGAAAUCAAAUAAACUGCAUAAACUGAAGUGAAUGUCUAUGACAGAAUCUCAAUUUGUUUUAGAUAUAGGAUAUCCGCAUUAAUUACUCAAAUGGGCAAACCGUAAUACUACUGCAAAUUUGAUCCUAAAUUAAAAAAGACAGUCCAACCAAAUAACAACCAAAAGAAGAAUUUAGAAGAAUAGUUAUCUAAAAUCGCUGCUCAAUUAGAAUUGAGUUGUCGAUUCAUCACUAGAUCUAUGUUUUAAAUAACUAGAUAGCCUUUACUUAAAUCUAUGGGAAUUGAUAUAAGAAGCGUAUUAAAUAAAGCACAGAAUGAUAAAGAAUUUUAGAAGUUAUAUUUGGAUUUAGAUGACUAAAGUGAAGAGCAAAGGAAAAAGGAGGAGGAAACUGAAAAGAUAUUGGCUCAAAUAUAACCAUUAUCUGAAGCUCAAGUUAAAGAGGACAUUGAAAAAUUGCGGAAAAAACACAAUUUAAAUCAAAAUUAAUAUUUGUAUGUAAUAUAAGGAUCAUAUUUUGAUGAUAUGAAAACCCUGUUUAAUUAGUUAGGUUGGGUUGAAAUCGAGGACGUUUACACAUAAGUUUACGAUUUCAAAUUUUGUUACUUAAAGAAAUUUUUGCAUAAACCUAUCCCUGAAUAAGUUGUAAGUAGAUUUGCUAGUACUAAAUUAUUGACGACAAAAUUUGGAUUGGCAAGAUCUCUUAAAAGUUGUUUUAUUUUAGGAGGAGUGGAUCCUAACACUUUCUUUCCAAGAUGCUAUGAUUUAAGUGAUGAAGGUGAUUUCGAAGAUUUUUUGGAGGAAUAUAAAUUUACUUUUGCAGAAAACUAUCUCAAGAAAAACCCUAAGGAUGAAGAAAAGAUACUUAUUGCAAUAUAAAUAUUAGAUACUAAAUUGAUGUCAAUUUAAAAUAAGAUUAAUAGAAUUACUGCUGAUGAUUAUCCAGUUUGCACUCCUUAAUAAUGGAAAGUUUUAUACAAUAAACCAGAGCCUAAGUAGGAAAUUGUUUAAUUUACUAAUCCAGAUAUUAUGGAAUAAGUUAAAUAAAAAUUAUCAAGUUUGGCUAUUGUUGACCCUUAAUUUAAAAUUUCAAAGGGUGAGAAUAUUUGGGUCACAAAACCUUGUGGGUUGUCGAGAGGAAGAGGAGUCAAAUAUUUUAAAGAGUUAGAAGAGAUUCUUGCUUAUACUUUUGGAGCUAAGGAUGUGAAUUUUGUUGCUUAAAAGUGCUUAGAAAAUAUAAUGACAAUCGAAAAAAGGAAAUUUGAUAUAAGAUAAUGGAUGAUCGUAUCAGAUAUUCAACCUUUGACUAUUUGGAUGUAUAGAGAAUGCUAUGUACGAUUUUGUGGUGUUGAAUAUAAUACAGAGGACUUAAAAAAUAGAUAUGCUCAUUUAACCAAUUUUAGUGUGUAAAAACAUAAUGAAGACAACUAGGAGGAGAAGUUGAUGAUGAGUUAAGAGGAGUUUGCUUAAGUGUUGAAGAAUAGAGGAUUUGAUUUUGAGAGUUAAGUUAGAGAAUAGUUCAAAAACAUUAUUAUAGCUACAAUGAAAUCAUGUUAAAAGUCUAUAGAAAUAAGGAAGAAUACUUUUGAAGUAUUUGGAUUAGAUUUCAUCGUUGACGAGGAUUGCAAUCCUUGGUUAAUUGAAGUAAAUGCUUCACCAACGUUUGCAUUUUCAACUCCUGUAACUGAAAGAUUAAACAAAAUGGGCUUAACGGAUUUGGGCUAAUUUAUAGUUGAGCAUGUUUACAAUAAAAAUAAGAAAAAGCAUUAUGGAGGGUGGGAAUUAAUUUAUAAAUAAAAAUUAUGA